GUUUUCACUACCUUUGAUAAUAAACUUCAAACAUAAUUACAAAAUGGCAUCAAAAAUCACAUUCGUCUUCCUCGUUGUUGUCGUUAUCAAUUGUGCGAUGAUGUUGAGUAUGCCAACAGCAGAAGCUCAUAACUUUCUUCCUUGCGUUAUAACGAAUGAUUGUGAAUACCAUCACUGCUCAAGCGGGACAGUUCUAUGUGUAAACAGACAAUGCCAUUGUAGUCGUUCAUCAACUCAUCAAACAAAACUCGACAACUUAAAGAAGAUGGACUAUGCGAAGAAGUGCAAGUGGACAAAAGAUUGUGAUCCUCGUAUGAGAUUUACAUGUGUCUCCGGUUCUUAUAUGUGUUUUGAUGGCCUAUGUACGUGUACCAAUUAAUGGCACGUGCCAUGAAAAGAUGCAAUCACAUAAAGCAUUUGUUUAAAUUAAAAACAAAAUAAUAUUCUUCUAAUUAUC